CGCUGAAGAAGAGGAGCCUAGGAGCAGGAGGGGGAGCAAGGGGAGGAAGGCCGCGGGCGGGGGAGGCUCGGGGGCCGGGAGGAAGUGGAGCGAAGAGGCGGCGGCGGCGUCCCGGUUCUCUGUCCAUGUCAUCCGUUUCCUCUUCCUCUCGGCCCGCACCGCCGCUAUCUUUUCCGACGCCCCCCCCCUCGGCCCGCACCGCUACUUCCUCCGGCUCAGCGCCGGCCGCCCCCCGCGCCGCGGCGCCGCCUCGCGCGCCAUGGGCACCCUGCUGCCGCCGCUUGUCUGCUCGUGGAGCCUGCGCAUGGAGGCCGCCGCCCCCCGCUCGGCCUGCACGGCCACUUCCUCCCGCUUGGCUUGCACGGCCACUUCCUCCCGCUCGCGCGCCAUGGACGCCCCGCCGCCGCCGCUCGUCUGCUCAUGGAGCCUGCACAUGGAUGCUGCCGCCGCCCGUGCAUGGAGGCGUUCCGGAUGAUGGAGCUGCUAACGUUGGAAGAAAGCGCAAGCACCAUGAUCAGGAGGUCACGGCGGCGGCCUACAGGCAGUUCGGGUUUGCUGGCGGCGAGUCUCUCCGGCGCAGGGUUUGGCCGGCCGGUGGGUGGAUCAUGUAGAGGAGGUGUGCCUGAGAUUGGUGCGUGGAGAAAUGGGGAUUUGGGGGCUCCUCACGAACACUGCUUUGAUGCUGCUGCUCAUGACCCUGGUGUGGCGUAUGGAGUGGUUGAAGAGCAAGUUGAAGAUGUGGAGUAUGAAGAUGACAGCGAUGAUGACUAUGAGGGCAUUCUGAAGCCUGCAUUUGCGGUGGACGGGGACCCUGAUUUCGAGUCUGGAGAGCCUCUUGACGGUUUUGAGUAUCUUCGGCGUGUCAGGUGGGAGGCUAGACAAAUUCCGAAAGUGAAGGUAGCCAAGGUGGAUUUGAGUGCAGCUAGAAAGGAGCAAACACCUUAUAUGCCAGAAAUUCCUGACAUACCUAAGUGCUCACCUGAUUUGCGCGCAUCAAAGCAAUGGGAAGAUGCAUUUGUUAACCAUUUUUCUGAGACCAGACUGAUGUUCUCUGAGCAUGUCAGCUCUGGCGAACCAUCUAUAUCUGGUGGAAUGAAAAACUACACAAAAGUUGGAAGCAGCACAGAGCCACAGACUGACCCAACACUGACAAUGGUUCGCAACAUGGAUGCAGUUGCUAGAGCUGCGACGCUAAGGAACUUCAUAGAUAUGAUCCAGAGUUUGGACUCACUCUCGAGGAAUAACUGCCUGUGGCUCUUUGCACUCUGUGUAGCCGUGGACGUUCCCUUGGACGCAGAGACAUGUGCCUCCCUAAGGUCCUUGCUGCGCAAGUGCGCAACAAUCCUUGCCACAAAGUCGGAGAUGGAUGACGAGGUUAUAAUGCUGAAUAUACUGAUGGCAAUAUCUGGAAGGUAUUUUGGACAGUAUGAGCAUAGAUGUGAGUAGGAAGGAGAUUGUGAUGACGCCAUGGUAAUGCUACUUUCAAGCUAUGAGUUCUGUUUGGUACUAUAGAUUUGAAAUCGUACAAGAUUGAUGCUUAGGACAAUUAAUUAGAUGAAGAAUAUCCGUGAUAUCCUUCCCUGACCCUAUUGUAAUGGCUGAUUUAGGAAAAUGCAUCGGAAAUGGGCGCUGCAAUUUCCUGAAAGUUGGCACCCGCUUAUGGCUCA